CUUGAAAGUUUGGCAGUUGAAGCAGCUAAGGGAACUAGAAAUCUGAAAAUUUUCAGAGGAAAGAAACCUUUUAUUAUUUUCAUCGCUCUCUCUUUCUCCAGAGAUCCGAUUCAGUCAAUGGCGAAAUUUUGUAGUUGCAAUCUGCUGUUUAUCCUCUCGAUAUCGAUCUCGUUGCUUCUCCGGCGAGCUUCAAGCUCUUAUGCAGGUUCCGCUAGCUCAAUCGUCAAUCCUGCAAAAGUCAAACAGAUUUCAUGGAGUCCCCGGGCUUUCGUGUAUGAAGGUUUUCUCACGGACUUAGAAUGCGAUCAUCUCAUCUCGCUUGCUAAAGCGGAGUUGAAGAGAUCUGCUGUUGCGGAUCAUUUGUCUGGAGAGAGCAAGGUCAGCGAGGUCCGAACUAGCUCUGGGGCAUUUAUUCAUAAAGCCAAGGAUCCGAUCGUUUCUGGUAUUGAAGACAAAAUUGCAGCAUGGACAUUCCUGCCAAAAGAAAAUGGAGAAGACAUUCAAGUGUUGAGAUAUGAAUAUGGGCAGAAGUAUGAUGCCCAUUUCGAUUACUUUACUGACAAGGUUAAUAUUGCCCGAGGUGGACACCGAAUGGCAACUGUUCUUAUGUAUCUUUCAAAUGUAGAAAAAGGUGGUGAAACUGUGUUUCCUAAUGCCGAGGAAUCUCAAAGACGGCAGGCUUCUGAAACAAAUGAAGAUCUUUCAGACUGUGCAAAGAAAGGGAUAGCAGUGAAACCACGGAAGGGUGAUGCUCUUCUCUUCUUCAGUCUUCAUCCAAAUGCUGUUCCAGACACAAAAAGUCUGCAUGGAGGUUGCCCUGUGAUUGAAGGAGAGAAAUGGUCAGCAACAAAGUGGAUUCAUGUCGAUUCUUUCGACACGAUCGUGAGUGAUCAUACGAGUUGCGUUGAUAAUAAUGCAAGUUGUGAGAGAUGGGCUGAACUCGGUGAGUGCACGAAUAACCCGGAGUAUAUGGUGGGAUCUCCUGAGCUUCCUGGCUAUUGCAGGAAAAGUUGCAAGGUUUGUUGAUAAACUUGCUCGGUUCUUUUAUGUGCAUUCCUUCCAUUUCUCAGAGUUUUGCAGAGCUUGUCCAAAAACACAAAUGGUUGUUUUCCUGAUAGCAUAUUCAUUGCAAUGUUUUGUGACAGUUAGCAUAUGUAUUGAUACCUCAAUCAUGUAACAUUAUUUGAAAAAUAAUUUAGUUUUGGCAAGUUAUUUGGAUUUUAA